AUGCUCACUAACAGUCCCGAUAUCGACGACAAGAGUUUUUCUCAGCUGAAUCAUUUGAUUUGUGCAAUGAGAAAGCGCGAAACUCAGCUUUCCCGAGUGACCUCGCAGUUUUUCGACUAUGUCAACCAGCAUCUGGAGAAGAUGCUCCAUGACAUUAACCCUUCUAUUUCCAUACAAGAGUGUUUCGGGGCGGUUCAGGCUUUGAAACGGAAUUCCGUACUGGUGCUUGUUCUGUGGAAAGACGGCCGAACCCAUUUGGUUCAACUGCUGGCAGAAUGUAUUUCUACGCUCGCGAAAAAGAUGCAGCGACUGGCUCAACUCUCCAAUGGUUCCGGAAAGGUAGUUGAAACGCCAAAUCUGUCGUCACAAGAGCCGAAAAGACAUUGA